GGACAGAUUCAAUAAUAUCCAAGAUCAGUUUGAUUUAGUUGAUCCGUUAACUAAGAGGUCAGCUUCAUUACCUUCAUGAAGAACCGGGUAUUUCCUUGACCUUUUGUCGAGUCUUGAAUGAUGCUCUCAGUAUUCCCGGCUCCAAAAUCCCAUGCUGGUUAUAUAAGCACUUUCCAAUCUCGUGCUCAUCACCCUUGACUCGGUGCAUAUCCUUAAAUGAGACCUUUCAAUCCAGGAACUGAAAGUCGGGCAAGUCGUGGGAGAGGAUUCUAAAGGGCUGUGCACCCCGCUUACAUAACCCCUAAGCGUUCAAGUAUUGGCGCGACUUUCCGUGUUUGGUCAAUCGAACGUCAACUACGAUGACGGCAGGUUCAGCGGCGUGACACGCAUCAGCGCGAAUAAAGUUCUAGUUUUCGAGUCGUCUAAUUUUCGGUCGAAUUUCACGUAGUUCUUGUGCAUCAUCGUAUUUGUGAUCAACUUUGUGGUCCCCCUACAGUGAAUGAAGGACGCAGGAUGACGUGGAUAAUACAGUUGACACUAGCGGUGGCAUGCCUGAUCUCGAGCUGCCUUUGCCGAGAGGUAGAGCUGAUUGAGGAGUACAACUUGCUCAAGUUCAACGAGCCGCCUGGCUACCCAAAGAACCCGAAAUACGAACCCGAGGAGACGAUCCUGACGGGAAUUGAAGCCGCUCACGACCGAAUUUUCCUCGCUUUCCCCCGAAUUUUCGGGACCGGGCAUCCCGCUUCCUUCGGCUUCAUCCCCCGGCGAAGCUCUCCGCACGCCUUUGACAAACAAUCACCCCUCAUUGAGGCGUACCCGAGCUGGGAAUGGCACGCUGCGGCGACCGCCGACGACGUGAACAACCCGGCGAGCAACUGCACCGGUCUGGUGAGCGUGACCAGAGCCAGGAUCGACGCCUGCAACCGACUCUGGGUUCUGGACACCGGAGUCCUUGACGCCUUGACCGUCUACAACGUCGUCUGCCCACCCAAAAUCCUCGUCUUCGACCUGGCCACCGAUCAAGUGGUUACUUGCCUUCGAUCCGGUGGCCAUGCAGUUCAUAUUGGACAUCCGCGCCGGACCCUAUGAUGGAGACCUGUGGUUCGUCUCUUCGCGGCUCCAGAAAUUCUUCAAGAAAACCCUCAACAGGAACGAGAUCAACUUCCGAAUUAUGAGGCUCACUUCCGGCCAUCUACCUCCCUUCCCAUUAGCCCACUAAUCCCUCAACCCCUGUUUCUCACCCUUUGAAGGAGCUAAACGCCCUAAAUAGUCAACUUUCCACCUCUCAACAAUCUACCUAUCCGAAGCUAGGUAUCACGUGACUAAGUGAUUUUCGUUUAAGAAUAUUACUUGGAUGAAAAUAAGCAAUAGGAGUGCAUCCGCAAUGAGUUUUAAAAAGACCCCAGUGCCUGUUAUAUAUGUAAUAUACAAUUUUAGUUUUUUUAAGAAUAAAAUAAUUUUAGUUCCAAUGCA